CUGUAUUUCGGGAUGGAAGUCAUCUGUAAACUUGGUUCCAAUGCCAAUGAUGGCAUUACGGCGUUCAACUCCAACGAAGCGAUAUAUUGAUUGCAAUCGAAGAUUUGUCUGACUAUGGUGGAGAGAUGGUUAUAUACUCCUGAUAUAUCCACAACUCUGGAUAACCUCCUUUUACCAUGGACUUUAUAUGCGUCCCCGAGCCGCCUCUCUUGAUGAGAGCGGGGCUGGUACUGGUAGCAGCUUAACCACCCCUCCAUUGAUUCUCCAACAUACUAAUCACGACUCGACUACAUGUAACUUAUAACCACUCUCUUCCUAUUACACACCUCUAUCCCUCAAACUAGCCGAUAGACCUGAAGUAGCUGCACGUCGUUCACCAUGGGACCGCCUUCAUCGCUUGUGACUAGGUUGAAAGUCCAACUCAAGCUGGGCAUAGCACGACUACGUAUGGUUCAACAGAAAGAUGUUGCGCUUGCGAAGCAGCAGAGAAGAGCUAUGGCUCAGUUAAUAGAGCAAGGAAAGAUUGAAUCCGCCCGUAUCCGCGUCGAGAACAUCAUCCGAAGCGAUAUCACCACGGAACUUCACGAGUAUAUCGAACUGUACUGCGAGCUGCUCCUUGCCCGCUCUCAACUUCUCGACCCGCCUCCAUCCACCACCCUCUCUUCCUCGUCUCCCGCCCCUACUCACCAAUGCGAUCCUGCCUUGGAAGAAGCCGUUCGUACCGUCAUUCACGCUGCACCACGUACCGAGAUCAAAGAGUUACAUUCGGCCCGUGCAUUGCUGGUUGAGAAGUUUGGGCGGGAAUACUCCACGCUCGCCAUGGAAGGAGAGGGGGUUCCGGAUCGAGUGUUGAAAAAGUUGAAGGUUGAGAGUCCGUCACCGGAGCUUGUGGAUGCGUAUUUGCGAGAGAUCGCAAGGACAUACCAAGUGCCAUUUCCUGGUGUGGACACCGAUGAAGAUGAGGAUGAGGAUGAUGGAGGCAUCAAAGAGCUGGAGCAACAGGUGGAGCCGCCACUAGAAGCAGAGACAAAGACGGGCUCUGAUGACGAAGGGAAAGCUGAUGAGACAAGAAGAUUGAGUCAGGCUACACCACCGAGGAAGAUCGGAACGAAACCCGUGGUGGGAGUCGCACCUCAGAGUCCAAGCUCCGAAAAUGUUACGCCGAGUGUGAAAUUGCCUGGUCCUCCAACCGAGUUAAGGCCGAGUGCGAAGAUGAAAAAGGCAGAGACGAAGAAACCUGAAGGGAAAGGUAAGGGGCCGGGAGGAUCGAUUCCCGAUGUCGACGAAUUAUCCAAGAGAUUUGCUGCGUUAAAGAGGUAGCGUUAUCCUGUCACUGGUGGAGUAGCGUGACAGCUUGAGUAACCCUUUGAUUGCUACCGUACGAAUCUAUCGGACAGCGAGGAGCAAAGUACGCUGGAACCGUUUGAUGGACAGCAAGGAGAACGGGGCUAGUAUGAACGCGUAUGAGUUGAGUGAUCA